AUGGAGGCCAAGGCUGCAGAGCUCCUGGCAGCUUUCAAAAACCCCAAUCUUUCAGUCGAUGCGAAAGUUGCCCACCUCAACGGCAUCAAGUCCGAUAUCAAACAAAAAAAUGUGCCAGAAGGUGCUAUCACAACGAUUUUCGACACCAUCCGCCUCGCGAUAAACUCACAACACUAUUCAGUAUGCAGUGGAGCCUUUUCAACGCUAGGACAUCUCCUGAAGCGACUUGCAAUUCAGGAUCAGCAACAAUGGAUUGUGUCCCAGGCACGCAACUUCUACCCCGUCCUGACAGAGCGACUCGGUGAUCACAAAGAACGCAUACGUGCCCAGUCAGCAUCAAUAUUCACCGAUAUAUGGCCCUUGGCGACCGAUGAAGUGGAAUAUUAUGUUCUGGGACAUGCCUUGGUGGGAAAAAACCCCCGAGCCAAGGAGAUGAGUUUGCUCUGGCUUUCAAAUAUGACCAAAAACCAUGGUCUAUUGUUCCGUCAAUAUGUGCCGUCUUUGGUGGCAUGUCUAGAAGACGCGGACAGCGCUGUUCGAGAUACAGCAAAAGCAGUCGUGAUAGAUUUGUUCCGAACUGCUCCCUCCAGAGCUAAGUCAGAUCUACAGAAGCAGCUGUCUACCCGCGGCGUGAGAAAAUCCAUUGCCAGUGCUAUUUUGUCAGGAAUAGGUCUUUCCGAGUCGGAAACCUCAAACCGACCUAUUUCUCGCGCUGAUCGACCCAUAUCCGUGAUGUCAUCACGGUCCCAUGCUGUAGAUCCGCAUGACGAUGGUCUGUUUGUCAAAAAUUCGCCAUCUCCCAUCUCCAAUCAUUCUAACGACCUGCCAGAACCGGAAUAUUCGAAGGCCCAACCAGGUUCCUCACGAGGCCAAGCUCGGCCGAUCCCUUCGACUUCCACCGAUGCGCCUCCCAGACCCAAGACCCCUGCUGAACCGCCGGCUCCUCAAAGCUCAUCUCCAGACGAUGACGGGCUAGAACCACUCCUAGUUGGAUCGGCUAGGGAUGUUGAUGAUCUUGUCCGUGAUAUCGCUCAUUGGUUCGAUGGUAAGGAGUCAGAGGAUAAUUGGAUGAAAAGAGAGAAGAGCGUGAUUCUAUUUCGAAGGCUCACAAGGGGAAAUGCGCCUCAUGACUUCUCUCAAACCUUUGUUCAGGCUGUAAAGACCCUACUCGAUGGAUUUUUCAAGGUAGUGAACUCGUUGCGGACUACUCUUUGCACCAACGGGAGUCUUCUGAUCCAGGAUAUCGCUCGUAUCUGUGGCCCUAAAAUUGACCCUAUGGUUGAAAUAAUCUUGCAGAACUUGCUCAAACUAUGUUCCGCGUUGAAGAAGAUUGCAGCACAGAGUGGAAAUACCACCGUCGAUGUGGUCAUUGCGAAUGUCACCUUUAGCAUUCGAAUCUUACAGCACAUUCAUUGGGCAUCUCAGGACAAAAAUGUUCAGCUACGUCUUUCUGCAACUGGAUGGCUCAAGACCUUGAUCAGUCGACAAGCUCACCACAAAAGCACUGUUGAACAUGGCGGUGGCGUGGAGCUAAUUGAGAAAUCUAUCAAGAAAGGUUUAGGAGAUGCAAACCCCGGAGUUCGCGAGCUAAUGAGAGGAACAUUUUGGACUUUCUCUAGUGUUUGGCCCGAUCGAGCGAAUGUGAUUUUGUCAGACCUUGAUGCGAAAUCACGGGGUCUUUUGGAGAAAGACCCGGCAAAUCCCAAUGGUACACAAAAGACAAGCGCAUCAAGCAAGGGCCCGGCGGUGGGCGGCCGUUCUGCUCUGAAGGAAGCCAUUGCUGCUCGUAAGAAGGCUCAAAUGACUUCUCGCCCGGAGUCUGUCGAAUCGGCAUUCACUGAUAGCCAUUCCUCAGAGCCCACAUCUAGACCAGCGGUAAGAUCCGUUCCCACCGGCGCCCCCCUUUCGUCGUUGUCCUCCGCGCCAAUGAGGCCCGCCAUGAAGCCUCGCCGAGCAGAACUGAGUCGCCCUGCGACUGCUGACCCAUACGCUCGGCGGCCUGACCGACCGGACUCCAGAGCCCAGACGGCUAGACAGGGAACAAGUUCACCGCGCUCAGUAAGGUCCAAGCCUUCAACACCUUCAUCAAAGCCUAUCAAUGCGCCUCGCCUUCGACCUCAUGAGUCAGGACAGGCUGGUGGUACUACUAGAAGCAAGCCCAAGAAGCUUGACCUCUCCAAGUCCAAAUCCCACGGCGAUCUAUCAGCAGCAGCAGCAAGUCGCGCACGUAGUGAUUCUAACGACAGCAUAGUAAACCAAGCCCCACGGCCGGUUGAUCCACGAAGCGCAUAUGAAGAACCGAACUCACCAGCUCCUGUCGUGUUGGAAAGCCCUCCGCUUUCUGCGACACGGCGUCCACCUCACCCAAACCAACAAGUCAGUUCUGAGCGGGUCUCUACCCCAGAGCCUAUGAGAGAACCGGAAUCCAUGUCGCUUGAAGAUCCUAUGGAUAUCCCUUCCCCACAUGAGGAAGUAGAUGCACCAGGGUCUGACGCUCCAUCUCCAUGGAUCAACGCAGACACAGUUCCUUCUCCUGAAAGUCCCGCAAAGACCCAGAUGGAGGAAAUGGUCAUUUACGAGGACCCAGCUACUCCUGUUGCUGCCGAAAGCCAGACAUCGAAGAUUGAUCCCGUCGAAAAUUUCACGCCAACAAAAUCCCCCCGCCGUGCAAUUCAACAUGAUCUGGCACAAGAUACAAUUGUCGCUGCGCCAGUGGAGUCUACCACUCCAGCCAGAAGUCCAGCCCCUGAAAUGGCUCAAUACCAGAGUCUAUCCAAUGACGGUUCUAAUGAACCUCAGUUUCCAUCUCCGGUUCGAAGGACUCCAUUGCGAGGUAGCCCUUCGCCCUCGAGGAACCGAGCUCCAGCGACACCAUCCGAGAACAUUUUUGGUAGAGACUCUAUUUUGAGGCAGGAGACUCCCACCAGUGUCCCUGAAGAAACUCCUAGCAAUGAGAACGCGAUUGCACAAGUUGCUAAAUCCACAGAAUAUCCCGCGACCCCACGAUCGGCCGCAAAGCCCGGUGCCCUAGAGGAAGUCCCAUUAAAUGAGUCAACGAUGCGGCCUGUUGAUGUGAGAAACCGCUCUUCUGAGCCGACAUCCCAGUCAUCAGUGGACGAGUCUCUUCGCCGAAGCCGUAAAUGGGCAGAGCGCCACCGCAGCCCUAGCCCCCGGUCGAAAGACCCCGCUAACGCACGUGAAAUGCUUCCCAAAGCUCUUACUCGCAUUGAAACUAAGACCAUGGAUAUUUCCGGCUACCGCAAGCUACAGGGACUCAUACAGUACCACGGAGAGGAAAUUGUAUCUCGCGAACAAGAUUACUAUGCGGUAUUUGAUGCUCUACUCGGCGAGCUAGAGUCGGCACCUACCAGUCGCAAAGAUCAUGAUGUGAAGACACAAAUUCUUGCUACUAUUAGAUCCAUGCUUCUCCGGACUAGUGAGCUCUUCCAUCGAUAUGAUAUCCCCGUCAUCGCGGCGAUCGUUCGAGCUCGUCGACACUACGAAUCAAACUCCCAUUUCGUGACUUGUCUGGAGGAGGUUGCAGAACAGCUAGCGUGUCUGGUCCCUGUCCCUAUCUGCAUUCAUGGUGUCCUUGAAGGAUUGAAAUUUGAGAAUGACGCUCAAAGCGAUGAGUCAUAUCGAUCAAUCAUUCUAGGCCUCUCCACUAUCAACCAAUCCCUUUCGGAAAGCCAGAUGGACAUCUCAGAUGAGGACCUCGCUCAAGUUGGAACUGUUGUUAGCCGACAACUCAGCCAUUCCCGACCCGGUGUGCGUAAACAAGCCACGGAGCUGGCUACGCUGCUGAACCUCAAAUUUGGUCUCGACCGAGUUCAAAAGAUUACGCCUCAGGCUGGCGAGGGCUCUCUUAAUCUGCUCACAUAUUUCAUGGCUCGGCGGUCUCAAUAA